AUGGAGGAUGGAAGGGCGGCGGACCGGGAGUUUAUUACCAUCCAGGGCCCGGCUGCCGGCCUUCCACCUGCCCUCCUUCUCCUUCUUUUUGAUUCCUCAAAGCAAAUCCCACACGACCACUUUUCUUUCCACACGUCUUCCUACAACGAGAGCUUCUUCUCUUGUAGACCUGUCACAGCGGAUCAUCGCAACAGCUCUGCCAUUUUGCCUGCCUUGACCGCAGCUUUUGCCCGACCCAGCAGCACCCCCGACCCUGCUCCCUCGGCCAGAAGCGGUGUUUUAAGCGGCAUCAAAUAUGGGAGCUUUGCGCAGCUCUCGCGUCCAGCGCUGUUCCUCGUCAGCCUUGGCACUCUGUGCCGUGUCCUGCUCUUCCUCUCGAUCCGCGACGGCAACAACAUCGACUGGAGCUAA